GGACCAGAAGGACCCCAGCGCCGCCGCCAUCUUGGAGCCUUGGCUGAGGCUCGGCUCGGCUCUCGGGCGCGUCUGUCCGCCGCCGCCGGGCCGCCCGCGGUGUCGCCGGGGGAGGAUGAGCGUGAUCGACCACGUGCGGGACAUGGCGGCCGCGGGGCUGCACUCCAACGUGCGGCUCCUCAGCAGCCUGCUGCUGACCAUGAGUAAUAACAACCCUGAGCUGUUCUCCCCGUCUCAGAAGUACCAGCUUUUGGUGUAUCACGCAGACUCUCUCUUUCACGAUAAGGAGUAUCGGAAUGCCGUGAGUAAGUAUACCAUGGCUUUACAGCAAAAGAAAGCCUUGAGUAAAACUUCAAAAGUGCGACCUUCAACUGGAAAUUCUGCAUCUACUCCACAGAGUCAGUGUCUUCCAUCUGAAAUUGAAGUGAAAUACAAAAUGGCUGAGUGUUACACAAUGCUGAAACUGGACAAAGAUGCCAUCGCUGUGCUCGACGGGAUCCCUUCACGACAGAGGACUCCCAAAAUAAACAUGAUGUUGGCAAACCUGUACAGGAAGGCUGGUCAGGAGCGCCCGUCAGUCACCAGCUAUAAGGAGGUCCUGCGGCAGUGCCCCUUGGCCCUUGACGCCAUUCUAGGUUUGUUAUCCCUUUCUGUCAAAGGUGCAGAGGUGGCGUCAAUGACGAUGAAUGUGAUCCAGACUGUGCCCAACCUGGACUGGCUGUCCGUGUGGAUUAAAGCCUAUGCCUUUGUGCACACUGGCGACAACUCGAGAGCCAUCAACACCAUCUGUUCACUAGAGAAAAAGUCCUUACUGCGAGACAACGUGGACCUGCUGGGGAGCUUGGCAGACCUGUACUUCAGAGCAGGAGACAGUAAGAACUCCGUCCUCAAGUUUGAACAGGCGCAGAUGCUGGAUCCUUAUCUGAUAAAAGGAAUGGACGUCUACGGCUACCUGCUGGCGCGGGAAGGGCGACUGGAGGACGUGGAGAACCUCGGCUGCCGCCUCUUCAACAUAUCCGACCAGCAUGCGGAGCCCUGGGUGGUCUCCGGAUGCCACAGCUUCUACAGCAAGCGCUACUCUCGGGCCCUCUACUUGGGCGCCAAGGCCAUUCAACUGAACAGCAACAGCGUCCAAGCCUUGCUCCUCAAAGGCGCAGCGCUCAGGAACAUGGGCAGAGUCCAGGAAGCCAUCAUACACUUUCGGGAGGCCAUAAGGCUCGCACCUUGUCGCUUAGACUGUUACGAAGGUCUCAUAGAAUGUUACUUAGCGUCCAACAGCAUUCGAGAAGCCAUGGUGAUGGCCAACAACGUUUACAAAACCCUGGGUGCAAACGCGCAGACCCUGACGCUCUUAGCCACGGUGUGCCUGGAGGACCCGGUGACGCAGGAGAAAGCCAAAACGCUCUUAGAUAAGGCGCUGGCCCAGAGGCCGGACUACGUCAAAGCCGUGGUGAAGAAAGCCGAGCUGCUGAGCAGGGAGCAGAAAUACGAAGAUGGAAUUGCUCUGUUGAGGAAUGCCCUGGCCAAUCAGAGCGACUGCGUCCUGCAUCGGAUCCUGGGGGACUUCCUGGUGGCCGUGAACGAGUACCAGGAGGCGAUGGACCAGUACAGUAUCGCACUGAGUUUGGACCCCAACGACCAGAAGUCUCUGGAGGGGAUGCAGAAGAUGGAGAAGGAGGAGAGUCCCACGGAUGCUACUCAGGAGGAAGAUGUGGACGACAUGGAAGGGAGUGGCGAGGAAGGGGACCUGGAGGGCAGCGACAGUGAGGCGGCCCAGUGGGCUGACCAGGAGCAGUGGUUCGGCAUGCAGUGACGGCGGCGCGGCGGCACCCCUGGGGACUCCUGGACGGACGGACGGACGGACGGACGGACGCUGUGGGAGGACUCCCUGCCCGGCUCCCCACCUCGUAGUCGGGACUUGAGCAGCCUGAUGUCUGUCCUUCCUGCUUUGCUGAGGACUGAGAGCGACCCAAGCCGCCCACUCACCAGGCUCUGGGGUUCUGAUGUGCCCGGCGGAAGAUGCUUUUCCUCGACAGGAAUGGGUUCACAGGACACACGCACGGGGUGGCCCUGUCAGGUGUCUGGUUCCAGGGAGUCAUGGUGCUGGGUCCGCCAUGCUCCCUGCUAGGAAUGGCGUUGUUCUGGCGGGGCAGUUUCCCUGUGCCUCAGUGACUGCAGAGCAGUCCUGGGCCUCGGCGUGGGCAGAUGGGAGAAGCAGCAUGAUGGGAGCAUGGGCCACACCAGGGCCGUUCAACUAAUAAAACUGUUCAGUGGGUCACAGUGGACACCCUUUCAUAGACUCUCCCUUCCCUCUAGAACAGCUGGCCAUAAAUACACUUCCUUUCCUCUCAUGUGGUGGGAGGCCGAGCCCUGGCCACUUCACAUGGGGCCCAGAGGUCAGGUCUGAUCUGCCCUGGAGCAGCCGAGUGUCAUUCAGCACUGGGAACAGGCCGCCUCACCUCCACCCUGGGUUCUGCCUUUCAAGAUGCAGACCAAGGUGCUAGAAAUCUGAUGCACAGAGAGAUUCACUGCAAAGGGACACUUGUCAAACUCAGAACACCUGUCAGUGCAGUGGGACGUGGGCCAGCGUAGCCUGGGUGAGACAUCCUGCACUUGGGGGACAGAGGCCUGACAGUACCACAAAGCAAGAUCUGUUUCACGAUACAUGAUAAAUAAAAUGGACCAAGUCUCAUGCAA